AACUCCAAAAAUAUCAGUUUGCUUUUUAUAUUUACAGUAUUCUAAAGUAGUGAAAUGGAUUAAUGUCGGUAAACUACUCACAGAGCGCGCUGCGAACAGUAAGCACGUUGUCAUCGAGCCGAAGGAGGUACAGGUCUAGAGGCCCAACUAGCCUUUCUGCAACAUGAAGGCUAGACCGAUACAUUGCUUGUUAAUCCAGACCCUGGUCGGAUUAGUUCUUAUAUGCACAGUACAAGGUGAUGGACACGGCUGGAAAAAACCGCUUAAGACUGUAUAUAAGACAAUUAAAGUGCCUCACCCUGUGCCUUUUCCUCACCCUGUUCCCAUCCAUAAACCUGUUGCUGUUCCACAUAUUAUUCACAUCCCUCACAAGGUCCCCAUUCCUGUAAAAGUACCUGUCGUGAAAACAAUUCCUAAGAUUGUACCAGUAGCUAAGCCAAUCCCCAUUCCUAAGCUGGUGGCAAUAGGAAAGCCAAUACCGAUUGGACUUCCUGUGCCUGUGCUUAAAAUCCAUCCUGUGCCCAUUGUAAAGACUGUCUCUGUCCCUAAGCAUGUCCCUGUUCCACACCCAAUAAAAGUUCCACACUAUGUGCCUGUACCAAUUCACAAAGUCAUCAAGAUCCCUAAACCUUUCAAAGUACCAGUUAAAGUUCCUGUCUACAAAUAUAUCAUUGUGAAGAAGCCUGUAGAAGUCCCUGUUCCAGUGUACAUCAAGAAACCAUCUUAUGGUCAUGGUGGAGGGCACGGAGGUGGAGGAUAUGGAGGAGGUGGUGGGCACGGAGGUGGAGGAUAUGGAGGAGGUGGUGGUCAUGGCGGUGGAGGAUAUGGAGGAGGUGGUGGCCAUGGCGGUGGAGGAUAUGGAGGAGGUGGUGGCCAUGGCGGUGGUGGAGGUUUUGGAGGAGGCCAUGGUGGUGGAGGGUAUGAUUUAAGUUAUGGUGGAGGAGGACAUGGAGGUGGUGGAUAUGGCGGUGGAGGAGGACAUGGAGGUGGUGGAUAUGGUGGUGGAGGAGGACAUGGAGGUGGUGGAUAUGGCGGUGGAGGAGGACAUGGAGGUGGUGGAUAUGGUGGGGGAGGAGGACAUGGAGGCGGUGGAGGAGGAGGAUAUGGUGGUGGAGGAGGACAUGGAGGUGGGGGAUAUGGUGGUAGUGGAGGCUUUGGUGGAGGGGGUCACGGUGGAGGAGGCUAUGGUGGUGGUUGGGAUUGA